UCAGGAAAGUAGCUGGUAAACAUGCCAUCGACAUUGCUGGUCAUCGCUAUAGCAGUCUUUGACUACUCGAAUGGACAUGAUCAAAAACUCACGUUGGAGCAACUCGAUAAUAUGACUAAUAGACAAGGGAAAAGUUGCCCGGAAAAUAUGGAAUGGACAUUCUGCUUGCAGUUUGGACCCACCUGCAACAAUCAUCUGCGACCGCAUAGGUGGCUUGCAAUGUGUAGAGCUGGAUGUCAAUGCAAAGAUGGGUUUUAUGAAUCUUAUGGAAGAUGCGUCUCUGAUUGUUCUAAAGAAAAAUGUCCUGGUCCCAAUGAGAUUCGAUCCAAUUGUACCGCAUGGCCGCUAUGUCAGCCGAACUGCUUUAUUAGAAAGGAAACAAAAAACAUUUCCAAUAAUUGUGAGGAAUCAUGCUUACCUACCGAAUGUGAAUGCGAGAAAGGUUACAUUCGCGUAUACGAUGGAUGGGGAAUGUACAAAUGCAUCUCUCUUCCAACCUGCGAAAAACUGAAAAAGCAGUAUGGUUCCGCUCUACCAUCCGACUUCAAGCUCAAAGAGUAAGGCUCGUGGAAUUCGUUUCUGCCAAGAAUAGCUCAGCAGAGUCAACUUCGGAAAUAAAGCUUAUUUUUCUCCAUUCCUUUUUCUAUAUAGAAAAAACCUUUAUAGAAACCAUUUUCUUACUGAAGCUUUUAAAAUGUUAUUCACUUGUUUGUGAGUUUACUUGUACUACUUACCCUCAGUGACAAAUGAAACUCUGGCUUGAAGCCACAUGAAUUGGCCGGCGAUACAAGUGUUCUC